CUUGCCAUCCCAGUUGGACAGAGGAGGAAGAACAUGCUUUGGGCAGUGGUGUUUUUGCCCUUCCUGGUAGUUUCCCAUGCCAUACCUUCCCACUGGUUGCCUGGGGAUUUCAGCUCAAAUGAGGAUGGGGCAGAACUGUUUGUAAGCCAAUACAACACCACUGCUGAAGAGGUCUUCUUUGCCAGCACCAGUGCCAGUUGGAUUUACAACACCAACCUGACUGACUACAACUCCCAACAACAGAUAAAGGCCUCUCUGGAUGAGCAGGCCUUUACAGAGGCCUGGGGAAAGAAAGGCAAGCAGCUCUUCAGUGAGACCUUAAUGGACAGUUUCAAUAACACUGACCUGAAGAAGAUCAUCAAGAAGAUCACUGUCCUGGGAGCUGCCAACCUGCCCCAAGUGGAAAGAGAGAGGUACAACUCCAUUCUCAGCCAAAUGGACAGUAUCUACUCUACUGCCAAAGUGUGCCCACCUGGAGUGACAGACAAAUGCUGGUCUCUGGAGCCUGAGCUGACUGACAUCAUGGCAACUUCUCGGAGCUACAAGAAGCUGCUGUAUGCAUGGGAGGGAUGGCACAAUAGUUCUGGCGUGCCCCUCAAAAAGGUCUACCCAGACUUUGUGGAGCUCAGCAACAAGGCCUCUCAAAUGGACAACUUUGCUGACACUGGAGCCUACUGGCGUUCCUGGUACGACUCGCCCACCUUUGAGAAUGACCUGGAAAACCUUUACAAGCAGCUGGAGCCCCUCUACUUGAACUUGCAUGCCUUUGUGCGCCGCAAGCUCUACAAUCACUAUGGCCCCAAGUACAUCAACCUCAGAGGACCAAUCCCUGCCCACCUGCUGGGAAACAUGUGGGCACAAACCUGGAACAAUAUCUAUGACAUGAUGAUCCCCUUCCCUGGUAAACCCAAUGUCGAUGUAACAGAUGCCAUGGUGGCAAAAAAUUGGAAUGCCACUCACAUGUUCCGGGUGUCAGAGGAGUUCUUCACCUCCCUUGGUCUGAUUGAAAUGCCCCAGAAAUUCUGGGAUAAGUCCAUGCUUGAAAAGCCUACAGAUGGUCGGGAGGUGGUGUGCCAUGCCUCAGCCUGGGACUUCUACAACCGCCAGGACUUCAGAAUAAAACAGUGCACCACAGUGACUAUGGAGCAGCUGUUCACUGUGCAUCAUGAGAUGGGCCACAUUGAGUACUACCUGCAAUACAAAGACCAGCCCGUCAGCUUCCGUGGAGGUGCUAAUCCUGGUUUCCAUGAGGCAGUCGGUGACGUUCUGUCCCUCUCUGUCUCCACACCUAAGCACCUGCGUGAGAUUGGACUGCUGGACAAAGUAACUGAUGACAAUGAGAGUGACAUCAACUACUUGUUGAAGAUGGCCCUGGAGAAGAUGGCCUUCCUGCCCUUUGGAUACCUCAUUGACCAGUGGCGAUGGGGGGUGUUCAGUGGCCGCACACCCCCUGAAAACUACAAUGCUGAGUGGUGGUACCUGAGAACCAAAUAUCAAGGGAUAUGUCCACCAACUAAACGGACAGAGGAGCACUUUGAUGCUGGAGCCAAAUACCACAUACCUGGAAACACACCAUACAUCAGAUACUUUGUGAGCUUCAUCCUGCAGUUCCAAUUCCAUGAGAAACUGUGUGAGGCAGCCAAGCAAGAAGGACCUCUGCACAAAUGUGAUAUCUACCGGUCUAAAGAAGCAGGAGCUAUUCUUGCGAAGGUCCUCAGUGCUGGCUCUUCAAAGCCCUGGCCGCAGGUGUUGCAGGAGGCCCUGGGUACCGACAAGAUGAAUGCCAGCUCCCUGAUGAAGUAUUUUGAACCCAUAAUAGUCUGGCUGAAAGAGCAAAACAAGAACGAGGUUCUGGGCUGGCCUGACUUCGAGUGGAGGCCCCCAGUGCCUGAAGGAUAUCCUGAGGACAUUGAUAAGAUUUCGGAUGAGGUGAAGGCCAAAGAGUUCCUGGCAGAGUUCAACAGCACUGCAGAGAAGGUGUGGAAUGCGUACACUGAGGCUUCCUGGGCCUACAACACCAAUAUCAAUGAUGAGAACAAGCAGAUCAUGUUGCAGAAGAACCUGGAGAUGUCCAACCACACAAACACAUAUGGGCUGGAAGCACGUAAGUUUGACCCCACAGACUUCCAGGAUCCUUCAGUGAAGCGCAUACUAAAGAAACUGAGUGACAUUGAGCGGGCCGGGCUCCCAGAGGAUGAGCUGAAGGAGUACAACAACCUGUUAGCUACCAUGGAGACUAAGUACAGUGUAGCAGAAGCAUGCCGAGAGGAUGGAAGGUGCCACCCUCUGGACCCAGACCUCAACAAAAUCAUGGCAGAGUCAAGGGACUAUGAUGAGCUGCUGUUCGCCUGGCAGGGCUGGCGCAAUGCCUCUGGCAGGAUUCUUAGAAAUGACUACAAGAGAUAUGUGCAGCUGGCCAACAAGGCUGCCAUGCUUAAUGGUCACUCUGACAAUGGGGCCUUCUGGCGCUCCCUGUAUGAAACGCCCACAUUUGAGCAGGACCUGGAAAAGCUCUGGAAGGAGCUUGAGCCCCUUUACCUCAAUGUGCACGCCUAUGUCCGCAGGGCCCUCUACAAGAAAUACGGAGCCAGCCGUAUUAACCUGAAGGGGCCAAUCCCUGCCCACCUUUUGGGUAACAUGUGGGCCCAGACCUGGUCUGGAAUAAUGGACCUGGUCAUCCCUUACCCUGAUGCCACACAAGUAGAUGCCACUCCAGCUAUGGUAGCCAAGGGUUGGAAUGCUAAGAAGAUGUUUCAGGAAUCAGACCGCUUCUUCACCUCCCUGGGCCUGCUGCCUAUGCCCCCUGAGUUCUGGGACAAGUCUAUGCUCGAGAAGCCCACGGAUGGACGCAAGGUGGUGUGCCAUGCCUCGGCAUGGGACUUCUACAACCGCAAGGACUUCAGGAUAAAGCAGUGCACUGUGGUGACCAUGGAUGACCUCAUCACCGUCCACCACGAGAUGGGCCAUGUGCAGUAUUUCCUGCAGUAUAAGGACCAGCCCAUCUCCUUCCGGGAUGGCGCCAACCCUGGCUUCCAUGAGGCCAUUGGUGAUGUACUUGCCCUGUCAGUCUCUACCCCCAAGCACCUGCACAGCAUCGGCCUGUUGGAUAAGGUGGAAAACAACUAUGAGAGUGACAUUAACUACUUGAUGAGUAUUGCCUUGGACAAGAUCGCCUUCCUACCUUUUGGGUACCUGAUGGACCAAUGGAGGUGGAAGGUGUUUGACGGACGGAUCUCAGACAAGGAGUACAACAAGGAGUGGUGGAACCUCAGACUGAAGUACCAAGGACUGUGCCCACCUGUGGCCCGUACAGAGGAGGACUUUGACCCAGGCGCCAAGUUCCACAUCCCUGCCAACGUCCCUUAUGUCAGGUACUUUGUCAGUUUUGUCAUCCAGUUCCAGUUCCACCAGGCUCUGUGCAAGGCGGCCAAUCAUGAAGGCCCGCUCCACACCUGUGACAUCUACCAGUCGAAGGCUGCUGGGAAGUUACUGGGGGAUGUGAUGAAGUUGGGAUUCAGCAAGCCUUGGCCUGAGGCCAUGGCCAUGAUCACUGGCCAGCCGCACAUGUCUGCCCUGCCCCUGAUUGAAUACUUCAAACCUCUUAUUGAAUGGCUGGAGAAGGAAAAUAACAAGAACCAGGACAUCCUGGGAUGGCCCGAAUAUGAUUGGAUACCAAAGAUCACAGAAACCACAGGAGAUGGGAAGGUGGACUUCCUGGGGAUGAGAGUGGACAACUCUGCUGCAGUAGCGGGAUCCUGGGUCCUGCUUGUUCUGGGACUGUUGCUUUUGAUCAGCACCAUUUACCUGGGCUACAGCUACAAAAAAUCUAAGAAACAUGAAAGGUCCUCCUCCACAGUGGAACUGAAAUAAACAGGUAAAUUAGGGCCCUCCCCCCAAUCCCUCCUCCUCCA